CUCAUUUUACAUUUGUCCUACGACAGCAAUGACAACUACCGGAGUCAACGAGUGUAGGGAACAUCCGUAUCAUCAUCAUCCUCUUGUUCAAAUGGACGCGUUUUCCGUCUACGCCAACACCAACGGUAUUUGGGAGUGUGCUGUGUGUCGCACGUCGAGUAGCGAGAGUCAUGAACGCUACCUGUAUCGCUGUCAGGCGUGUAGCUUCAACUUGUGCAACAAAUGCUUCUCUGUUGUCGGUGGCCUACACUCCCUACACAGUCACUCACUGAAAAAGUCCCUGGUGCGUGACGUCUUUGAGGGCGGAGUUUGGCAUUGUAACCGUUGUAACGUAAUGAACUCGGGAGAAUGGUCGUAUCACUGCAGUCUAUGCGACUUCGAUUUGUGUGAGACUUGCUUUCAUUCUCAGCCUCAUCCGCUGCACGAGCAUCCUCUCUUGCAGGCUGAUGCUCGAGUUGUCUAUCCCCAAUCUGACGCGCGCUGGUGCUGUGAUCACUGCAGGAAACAAUUUGAUUCAAACAUUUUCCACUAUUGUCCGAAGUGUCAGUUUAACUUGUGUGUCAAAUGUGUCGCUGGUCAACAACACCAUCUUCAUCUGCAUAAGCUGUGGUUGGCAAACAGCAAAGUUGUUUAUUCAAGUUCGCUGUGGAACGGGUGGUUUUGUAAUAAUUGCAAAAGAAGCUCUCACGGUGUUACUAGUCUGUACAUGUGGCACUGUAGGGUAUGUAAGUUUGAUCUGUGUAUGAGCUGUUAUAGUCUCCCGCCACCGCGGCCAUCACCACCACGUCCCACUGGCGGGAAUGGCUUACGUUAUCCAGUGCAAGAACAAUCUAUUCAACCCCGUCUAGAUGGAGCUAAUCAUACUGAAUGUGUUGUUUGUAAGGAUAAACCAAUGAAUGCUAGUAUUAUUCAUGGAGAUGGUACGUCACAUGUUGAGUUCUGUGUCGACUGUGCACGAACACUGAAAGACAAGCAACAGCGGUGCCCCCUCUGCAGGAAGACUAUUGACAAGGUUGAGAAGCAAUUCGAUUCGUAAUUACACCCUAUGUUAGAUUACUGUGUGUGUGGAGGGUGGAAAGGUUAACGAUCAGAGGUUAGACUUAUAACUGCCAAGUGAUGUAUUAUUAGCCCUCAAUUAAUUAAUUAAAUUGAAUUAACGAUUUGUUUCUCCACGUGUGUUACUGAACGACACAACAGAUGACAAUAACCAUACUCGAGUCUUCUUCACUAGA